AUGAAAAAAGCAGGACCAAGCAAAAAGACGACUCCUGCGCCUUCGGUAAUUUUUUUUUAAAAGCUGGAUUGUUCGAGUAUUGAGCAGUUAGAAAAAGAAUCAGGAUGAGCAAGGAAGAAAAAAGCAAAAUUCUAAGCUGGGCUGAGAUCGAACCUGUGACCUUUCGAGUGAUAUUUUGAGAGCUUGCCGAUUGAGCUAAAAGGCCAAGAAAGUCUUAAGAUUAGACCAGCUGUUUACUGGCCAUUUUUCCGCAAUUCUGUUUUUUGAAACUGUAAAAAUCAAAGAUUUGUGGGUUAUUUUUCAAAUUUUGGAACGGAUUUUUGUACUUCUAUUCCAUUGGGAAGCGGUUUCUGUGUCACUUUUAUCAUUAAAAAGCGAAUUUUGUGUUUUUUGAGCGGUUUUCGCGUACUUUUCUAUUGAUAAGGUGUUGUAAAAUGAAGCUUUGAUUCAAAAACAUAAAAAAAGCAAAAUUAUGUUUUUCAAAAUAUAUGAUUUUUUUACAGAGGUCCCGGUCAGCGUUUGUAGAAAUUGGAACAUAAAAUUGAAAAAAACUUUGAAUAAAUCAAAAAAAUGUUCUACAGAGAGAUCCUUUGGACUCGAUCCUGUCGUCGAUGGGCCCAGUGCCGUCAAGGUCGACCCCAUCUCGACCUGCUCCAGCUCCAAGAGCACCGACGUCAUCUUCGAGCUCCCGACCGAGUCCUCCGACUCCAGGCGUUUCUUCCAUGUUCUCUUCCAUGAGGGUGAUUGAUAUAUAUUCUUGGAAGGCUUGGGAAAGUGUGCUCCAAGGAGAAAUUGAGAAUAUUUCCUUUUUCGAUCAAUUUUGUGUUUUUCAACUGUAGUUGUGAGCAUUUUCAUCUCGUUUUUGCAUUGUUUCAAGGGUUUUGAAUUUUCAAAAGUAGGCAAAAAGAGAGUUUAAAUAAAUGUUAACGAUGGAGCGCACUUGUUACAAUUCCAUCUUUUUCAGAUCCCGAAAAAGUCUUCGUCGUGCAGCGAAGUCCCCAGCAAGAAACAGCGGCUGGAAGAAACAUCCGGUGGGUAUUUAUCAUGAUAUUAACGUUUCAAAGUUUUUUCAAAUGCACUAAAAAGUAGAAAGGAAUAAUCAUAUUAAUGUGAAAACCGUUAUGAAAUUUUAAAAGAGUUUGAAACCUUAAGAGAUCACUUGGUGGUCUUCUUAGGAAAACUUGAAGUUUAGAUCUUUCAAGGGACCACUUGGAGUUGCGCUUUUUUUUUUGUUUCACCUUGAUGAAGUAUAGGUUGAAGAUGAAAGCUCCAAAAAUUGGGAUCUUUUAGUUUCUCCGUCGUGAGACCAGGAUCACUUUAGUGGGCGCUUGGAAUUUUUUUCAGUUUGUUUUUCAAGACUUUCUUAGAAGCUUCAAAGGGAUCCCUGUAGCGGAAAUCUUUGGAAAUAAGGAUCACCUUUAGCUCCCCCUAUAGGGGUCACUUGAAGAAGGAUCAUCGUAGGGGUUUCUGUUAGUGGCCACUAUAGGGACUAUGCAAAUCGAUUUUUCUUAUAAACUCUAUGAGAAGAAGCAUUUCCAUGAGAAGACAUAAACCCUAUAGGGACCAUUCUGGAAUUCCUAAGUUAAAAGGAUCGAAUCACUUGAGUGACUACUUAACUUACUCCAAACCUAGAUCUCUAGAGUGAUUAGUUCAAGUCCCUUCAGUUGCCCCUUAGAAGACCACUCUGCUGUGCCCCUUCUAGGACGUUACCUUCCCAAAACAAAUCAUGAAUUAAGCUGAGAUCUCGGGCCAACCCACCAAGGUGACAUUGAACGUCUGGAAAAUGGACAUGAGGAAUUCCCCGCCACUGAUCGACUUGUACGAUGUGAAGGUCUCCCUCACCGGAAUCACCGGAAGAACCGUCGAACCUACCGGAAACAACAUCAGGAACGAGUGAGUUUGGAAAGUGCGGACGUUUUGAGACGUUGCUGAAAAAGAAUUAUGGACAAAAAUGGGAUUUUUCUAGGUAAUGGUUCUAGAUGGAGAUGGCAGAAACUAGGAAUCUGUAAAGUGCGGACGUUUUGAGCCGUCUCCGCAAGAAAAUUGACAUUUUUUUUAGAAAAGAAAUCUUUUAAAAAGGAGAUCAAAAGGUCUUUCUGAAGGAUUUAUAAAACUUUUUGAGCAAAUGCAGACGUUUUGAACCUUUUCAGUCAUAAAUUUUCCGAAAGAAGAUUGAAAGUUUUAAAAGGAAUCUUUGAAAAAUGCAUGCGAAUUCAAAAAAUACGGACGUUUUGUCCUUUCUUAUAGAAAAUGAGCGCUUUUUGGCAAUCAAAUCUUGAAAAAAAAACACAUUUUUUAGGAAAUGGUGCCAGAUGGAGAAAUCAGAAAGUAUGAAUGUCAAAAAAAUACGGAUUUUUUUCGACUUUUUAAAAAUUGAAAAUAAGCACUUUUUUUAGCAAAGAAUCCUGUAAAAAAAUUUGUUUAGUUCAGAAAAAUGCGGGUUUUUUGAGUCUUUUCUAGAAAAAAUGAGCGUUUUUUGGCGAUGAAAUUCAAAAUUUAAUGCAUAUUUCUGGGUAAUGGGUCCAGAUGGGGACAUCAGAAACUAGGAAUCUUGAAAAUACGGAGUUUUUGAAAAUUUUCCGUAGGAAAUUGAGCCCUUUAGGGGAAUGAUUUUUUAAAUAAACGCUUUUUAGAUUAGAAAAUGCGGACUUUUUGAGUCGUUUCUAGUAGAAAAUGAGCUUUUUUUGGCCAAGAACUAUUUAAUUUAAAGAAAUGCGACCGUUUCGAGUCGAUUCCGAUAGAAAAUUGACCCUUUUCACCGAAGAAUCUCCAAAAAAAAAAUCCAUUAGGGUUGAAAAUUGUGAAGUGACCUUUUUCGGGACAGUACAAAAAUUUUGAAAUGUUUUUUUUUUCCAGCUUCUUCGAUCAAAAACGGCGCGUCGCCCUGUGGAACUUCCUCCAUUGGCUGGCCCGGAAUCAUCCGAAUUUCAAAGGAGUCUCGCCUUCCAAAAUGGUCUACGAUGGAGUGACGACGCUCUACGUGUCCAGCAGAACGUUGAGGGAGGAGAAAAUAGAGUUCGACAUGACCGGCGACGAGGUGAGCAGGAGUUGAACCGAGGACCUUUUUGAGAAUGGCCAAGGCUUCUGCCGGUUGAGCUAGGAUGACUUGAUAGGUUCCUGAAGAUGUCGAAAAGUUCCAAGAAAGGGGGAAAAAUGAUGAGAAUCUGUUGGAAUUUGUCUUGCAAAAAUCAAAAACUCCUGUAGAAGGUUUGAACUUUCGACCUUGACAGGGAUAGUUUAGGCUCUUGCCGAUUGAGCUAGUAUAUCUUGAUCGGCUUCUGAAUCGUUUUGAUGUCGAAAAGCUCCAAGGAAGGGGGAAAAUUGAUGAUAAUUGUCUUGCAAAAAAGAAAAACUCCUGUGGAGGGAUCGAACUUUCGACCUUUUCAGUGAUUAUUUAGGCUCUUGCCGAUUGAGCUAGCAUAUCCUGAUCGGCUUCUGAAUCGUUUACACGUGUUAGAUGUCAAAAAAGUACAAAAAGCGCAGAAAAUGAUAAUAUUUUGUUGGAAAUUGUCUUGCAAAAAUCAAAAACUCCUGUAGAAGGUUCGAACUUGCGACCGUUUCAGUGACAGUUCAGGCUCUUGCCGAUUGAGCUAUGAACUCUUGAUAGGUUUCUGAAGGCUUCAGAUGUCAAAAAGGUCCAAAAAAUGUGACAAAAGAUGAGAAUCUGUUGGAAAUUUUCUUGCAAAAAUAUAAAAAGCCUUGGGAGGUAUCGAACUUGCGACCUUUUCAGUGAGAGUUUAGGCUCUUGCCGGAUGAGCCAAAGUAUCAAAAGCCCUUAGAAGUCAAAAAAUUUGAAAAAAAAACCGAAAAAGUAAAUAGAGUUAACUUUCAAACCUCGAAGAGAAGUUGAACCUGAGACCUUUUUUGGACUAGUUUUAGCUCUUGCCGAUUGAGCCAAGAUGGCCAAAUGGGCAUUUAUAUAAGAACAAAAAUGUUUUGAACUUUUUUUUUUUGUUGAGAGGAGUCGAACUUUUAACCUUUCCGAUCAUAAACUAGGCGUUUACCGAUUAAGCCAAAGCUUCAAAUGUUUUAAAUCAAAAUUUUAUGGCCCAAAUUGUGACUUUUUUGGUUUUUUCUAUGAUCCUUGGGUGUCUGGCGUUGAGAAUAUCGACAUUUUUAUUGUGCAACGGAAAGUUAUUAGGAUAAUCCGCCAGACGACAGGUACCCCCCUCCCCCUCACACCUGGCCUGCAACUGAUCUGCGCAUGUUUUUUUUCGCGGAAACAAGACUUUUUGAUGGGAACUAUCGAAAAUAAUUCAAAAGAUUAAUUUAAAUAAAAGAAAAAACAAACAUUUUGGUUCCAAAAAGUGAAAAAAAAAGGCCUUGAAAAGGUUAAUUUUCAAAUAAGACCACUUUUGCGUUUCAAUAAAUAUUCAUUUGGAUUUAAAAUUUUGAAACAAUAGUCUUCUUCAAGGUAGUCAUUCAAAAUAAAACUGACACUAGAGCAUUUACGUAGCCAAUCUAUCACAAUCGAAAAUGAAUUUUAUAAUGUCGAAACGGAUAAAAAAGAUCACGUGGUAAAAACAGUCUCAGGUUCGGUUCCCCUCCACGUCUUUUUCUAUUUUUUUAUGAUUUUUUUGCACCGUUUUUAAAUGUUUCAAAAGUAAUUUUGUUUCACUGGCUAAACCGUAAAAAGUUUAUUUUUUAUUUAUCGGAUAUGAAUGAAAAGAUUAAUAUAAUAACAAGAAAAAUAGAAAUUGUUGGCCGGAAAAAAGAUGAAAAAUGGCCUUGGAAAAUUCUCAGAUAACACAACAUCAAUGUUUCAAUAAAUCUUUAUUUUGAGCGAACUUUUCAAAACACUGAUGGAAAGCUUGAAGAAAUUAAGUAAAUGUGAACUAUAUGUAAAUAAUCAACUAAUCACAAUUACAAGUUAUUCCAAGGUGGCGCAACGGAUAAAAAAUAUUUCAGGACAAAAAUAGUCCCAGUUUCGAUUACUCUCCGCGUCUUUUUUAUUUUUAUGAUUUUUGCACCGUUUCAAAUGAUUUAAAAAAAUUAUUUUUUUAAUAUAAUUAAAAUUUAAAGGGAACACAGAACGUCCCCGAAAAAGGUCACAGGUUCGAUUCCUCCCCAUGGAAAAAGACUUUUUUUCAAAUUUCUCUCGAAUUCAUAACUUCACGACUGAAUAAAAAACUUUUUGUGUAUUUUUUCGAGUUGAAAAGCACUCGUAGUGCAUUCCGCGCGAAACGGUCACGUUUUAAAUGAAUGGAGAAAAGAAAAAUACCGUUAAAACAGCUUCUUUUGCUCUUCAAAACUGCCAAAAAGAAAUCAUAAAACAAAGGUCUUGAAGCGAUUUGAUCUAUUUCGGUAUACGGUCUUUUUGACGGAAAAAAUAACGUGACAAGGUGCCGCGGAAUGAACUAUUUCUGAGUUACUAUCUAUCGAAAAGUUCGCCUAUGACUCAAGAAUGACAUUUUCUUUAGGGUGUCGACCUUUCCGGAAAAUUCUCUUCUUUUCAAAAUGUUUUUUGACGUUUUCUUUUUCUGCAUGGGUAUUCCGUUCAAGGGAUUUUAGUCGAAAAAAAGCUUUUGAUUGAAUUAAUUGAAACAAGGAAUUUCUGCAAAAAGCGUUUUUCCGUGGGGAGGGAUCGAACCCGCGACCUUUUUGAUGGCUUUUUAGACUUCUACCAAUACAAAAAUACAUCAAAAACGAAUUCGUGUCAUGAAAAAUAGUGCCAAAAUUUUGAAAAUAGAAAAGACGUGCGUGGAGAUUUUUCGAACCUGUGACCUUUUCGGUAAAAUUUGAUGAUUUCGAUGGAGUAGUUCUUUCAGAAAAAUUUUCUUUUUUUCAAAAAGUUUUUAUCAUUUUUGUCUGCAGUAUUUGAGGAUUUUUUGUUGAAAAUUGGCUCCAAGAAAAUUUUUUAUUCAGUCGCGAAGUUAGAAUCCGAGAGAAAUUAGAAAAAAAUUCUUUUUUUCCAUGAGGAGGAAUCGAACCUGUGACCUUUUCGGGGACGUUCUGUGUUCCCUUUAAAUUUUAAAUAAAUUAAAAAAACCAUUUUUCAAAUCAUUUGAAACGGUUGCAAAAAAUCAUAAAAAAAUAAAAAAAGACGUGGAGAGGAAUCGAACCUGAGACUAUAUUUGUCCUGAAAUAUUUUUUAUCCGUUGCGCCAUCUUGAAAUAACUAGUAAUUGUGACUAGUUGAAUAUUUACAUACAGUUCACAUUUUUUUAAUUGCUCCAAACUUUCCAUGAGUUUUUUGAAAAGUUCGUUCAAAAUGAAGAUUUAUUGAAACACUGAAGUUGUGUUAUUUGAGAAUUUUUCAAGGCCAUUUUUCAUCUUUUUUUUCCUACCAAAAAUUUCUAUUUUUGUUGUUCAUAUAUUAGUCUCUUCAUUCAUAUUCGAUAGAUAAAGAAAUAUACUUUUUUACGGUUUAUCCAGUGGAGCAGAACUACUUUUGAAACGAUGCAAAAAUCAUAAAAAUAGAAAAGACGUGGAGGGGGAUCGAACCUGAGACUGUUUUUACCACGUGAUCUUUUUUAUCCGUUUCGACAUUAUAGAAUUCAUUUUCGAUUGUGAUAGAUUGGUUACGUAAAUACUCUAGGGUCAGUUUUAUUUUAUAUUACUACCGCGACGAGGACUAUUAUUUCAAAAAUUUUUGAAUCGAAAUCAAUAUUUAUUGAAACACAAAAAUAGAAUUAUUUUUUUGAUUGUGAUAAUUUGAAUUUAAUAUAAUGCAUUUUUCAGCUCCCAACCCUCUUGAAGGAACUUUACCCCAUUACUGUACAAAAUGCUCAUGUGCUCAUCACGAAAACGGAUCGUACGGUGAGCUGCCAUCAGCUAACAUGAGCAAUACAUUUUAAUUUGCAGGUGGUUUUGCAAGAUGGCGCCGUCAAGAAAGGCGAGAACAAUUUGGAGGAACGGGCGAGGUUUUUGGAGAUUCUGACGUCGCAAUUCCUGUAUUCUGGGUCGGUUUUUUUGAAUUUUAUUAUUAUUUCAAAGAUAUUUAAACGAAAAAGCUUUUAUUUGAUUGGUUUUUUUGGAAUAAAUUCUCCAAAAAAAUGGAAAGAUUGAACUUUUUAAUCUACUUUACUGUUUCAUGAGUUUUUUUCAAAAUUGAUUUAUUUUUUUGUUAAUUGGUAAUUGUAACGAUCGUUUGAAAUGGCGUACAAAAAAAUUUUUCGUGAAAUGCAAAAAAAUUUCUCUGAGUCUCCAAAAAUUCAGUUAUCUUUUUUUAUUUUCUGACUGCUAUUUGAAAAAAACGAAAUUAUAAAAAGUCGAAUUUUUUUAUUAAAUCAGCGUUUUAUUCAGGGUUAAAUAUAUACUUUUUUUUUGAAAUUUUUCUAGUUGAUUCUGAUUUUUUUGAAUUGUUUUCUGACAAUUUUAACUUUUUGGAAGUUCUUUUCGAAGCUUCUCUGAAUAAAAAUACGGAAAAAUAGCAAAAAUGAGUGAAAACCCGAGCAGGUUGACUUUUCUGUUUCAGAGCGACUAUAAAUAUUCGCUUUGAAUUCAAAAAUUCAUUCCACUCGACCAUGUCAUAACUUCCAAUUUCUUGAACCGGGGAAACAUUGUGCGAAAAAGAGAGGUUUAGGCUUUUUGCUUGGAGGCAUCUACAAACUAAAAAAACAUGUUUUGAGGCGUUUUUCUAUGAAGUUGAGUGUGGUUUUCUAGUACGUAACAGUACUAGAGGGAUUCAUUUUAAAGAGUUUUAUAUGAAAUUGAAGAUUAUUUCAAGAAAAGCCGUUUUUGAAGGUCUCACUACAUGUUCAAUCAACGUUUCUUCCCGAAAAACGAGGAAAAGCGAGAAGAAAAGACGGUUGAAGGUUAUAAGGCGGCGAUUCUGAAGAGGGGAUUCGAAAAAUCGGUUCGGUUCAUCGAUGAAAACGGACAGAAAACGCCGACUCUCUGUCUUGACGGUUGGUUUUGGCAGGGUUUCGAGAAAUAAAUAGAAAACAUGAGGUUUUUUUUGGUGUAAAAACAGUUGAAAAAUGGGGAGUUUGAAAGUGGCGGCCUAGUUUUCCAAAUAAUGGUGGCCUGGAUUCACAAAUGUCUCUGAUGAGAGGGCUAGUUCGUACUUUAGAGCAAAAAGUCGGUCAUGGUCUGGUUUUCCAAAUUGAUGAUGGCCUGGUUUUCCAAAGUUCUUCAACCAAGAAGCAAAGUUGAAAUAGGAUGAUUCCAUUUUUCGGAUGAAAAGUCAGCCAUGGCCUAAAUUUCCAAACAAAUAUGAAAUUAGUUCGAAGCCUUGUUGUCUUGAAGCGAAAAAAUCUUGCUUUCCGAGAUUUUUUAAGCUAAAGGCCGUGUUCUACGAAUCGAGAAUUGGAACGGCCUGUUUUUUUCAAAUUUGAAAAAUUCCGAUUUUCACAGCCUAGACGGCCUAGUUUCCGAAGUUUCUGAGAUUUCUUUGGAGUUUGGGAAGAAAUAAUUUUCCAACUUUUCAAGUCUACGGCCGAGUUUUACAAAAGGCCGAAUUGAUUUCAACCUUGUUUCAGUUCGCUGCAACGCUUUCUACAAGGAACAGAGUUUGGCCGAUUGCCUCAAAGACUUGCUGAAAGUCGAAAGAACGUCGGAGAUCGCGAAGCACCAACGGAAGUUCGAAAACGCGAUGGCGCAGUUGAAAGGUGAGAGACGUAUGCUCGAGAGGUCGCGGGUUCGGUCCCGCACGGAGGCAAAACUUUUUUGCAGAUGGAUUUUAGGAAAUGUUAUGUGACAUUGAGGUUUCUAUAAGUAUAUCAAUAGUAUAUAUACUUUUAGAUGGGUUUAUGUUAAGUUUUUUUUUUCCAAAAUAUGGUCCUGGAACGAUGAGUUUACAGUAACCUGUGCUGCUUUUAGGCUGUAAAAUGAAUUAGAAUUAUUUCAGGCGUUCGGGUAGUUACCACGCACAUGAGAGAACGACCUCAGCGAUUCAAUAUCGAUGGACUCAGCCCGAAAAACGCGAUCGAGUAGUUCUUUUUUCUAUUUUUUUUUUGUUGAGUAAAAACUGUCCUGAUAUUUUAUCAAGGGAAGUUCCGAAGAGGUAGAAUUGAGAUUGAUUUUUUUCUAAUCAAAAUAAGGCAUUUAUAUCUUUGUCCGAAUAAAAUGGUCGCGCGCAACGACUAGAGAAACAGUGAGUGAGAAUGAGAGAGUUUUAAGAAAUGUUCAUCAAUAAUUUGUUUGGACUUGAAAUUCUACUGAAAACUUCAAAAAGGUCGGCAGCUAAACGCCUCGUUUUAAGGUGCGCCCGACCUAAAACGACUUGCGCGUGUUUGCAUUGAAAACUUAUAAAAAGGCUCUCAGUUUGAUGCCCUUUUUGGAUUGGGACGCUUUGAGCCAUUUCAAGUGCGACCACGGUGUUCCAAAAGGGGGUAGCGAUAUAAUUGAUUCACGGCUAGCUUGAGCCCUCAAAAAUGGGUCCUGACACGAUUUUAAAAAAUGAGUGCCUGGUCGGGGGAGAGCGCAGACAAAGCCCCGCCCUUAGCAAUGUUGAUGAAUUUCUUGAAUUCGAAAUGUCGGAAUUGUCCCUGGACUAGCUCAGAAACAAGGCCGAUGAUUUUAUGAUGCGCCCGACCUAAAACGACUUGCGCGCGUUUGCAUUGAAGAGUUGUAAAGCGAGCUUCUCUGUUUGAUGUCCAUUAUUUUGAACCGCGAACCUUUGAGCCAUUCCAAGUGCAACCACUGUGUUGCAAAAGGUGAAUGAGGUAUAGUUGAUUCACGGCUGGCUUGAACAAUGAGAAAAAGGGUCCUGUCACGAUUCAAAAGAUGGCGCCUAUUCGUGGAGAGCGCAGGCAGGCCAAGCCCCUUUGCAUCGGCUAUAUAAAAAGUUGAAUACCCCAAUGUUUCAGGACGACUUUCAAGCUCAAAGAAGGAGAGGAGGAAAGAGAGAUUUCGGUCUAUGACUAUUUCAAAGAAAGACACAUGAUGACCCUGGAGUUCCCUCAACUUCGUCUGAUCGUCCGAAGAAGAAAAGCCGCGCUGGACUUUAUGCCCAUCGAGGUUUUUUAUCUUUUUAUCAUCUUUUAAUUUUUUCCUCGAUUCAGCUUCUCGAAAUCGAAGCCGGCCAAAAAGUCAACCAGAAGAAAGUCGAUAGUGUGGUUGUGAGUCUUUUUUUUCCAGAUUUUUAGAGCUUUAAAAUGUGCUCGGAACUCGGUAGCGCAAAGCAUUCUGAGCAUUUCUAAGGGUCACUUAAGGGUACUGAGACCUGAAAAAUUCCAGUGACUACUUUAGCGAUGUCUGCACUUUUAAGUGGACCCUAGAUCUGCUCAGAAAUGUCCGGUUUUGGUUCUCGGACAUUGGUAACGCGAAACGGACGUGCUCCGGACGAUGCUGAGCUUUUUCUAGUGGUCACUUAAGGGUACAGAAACCACUAAAGGGGUCCCUAAGAUCGUCAGAAAAUAUCGAAGCACGUCUGGUUACGUUACAGAGGUCCGAGUAGAUUUUUGAAUCGCACUCGGACCUCGGUAACCCAUACCGAACGCGCUCCGGACGAUUCUGAGCAUUUCUAGAGGUUACUUAAGGGCACUAAUACCGCUAAAGGUGUCACUUGAAUGGUCAGAAACAUCCGGUUACGUUACCAAGCUCCUAGUAGAUUUUCGAAUCGCGCUCGGACCUCGGUAACCCAAACCGAACGCGCUCCGGACGAUUCUGAGCAUUUCUAGAGGUUACUUAAGGGCACUAAUACCGCUAAAGGUGUCACCUAAAUGUUCAGAAACGUCUGGGGCGCCUUAUCAAGUUCCGAGUAGUUUUUUCACUUGAAAGUGCUCUCUGAUCAACUAGAGCUCAUACAGGUUGGAGCUCAUACAGGUUAUAAAAAGAAGAAUUUGAUUUUUGAAUUUUUUUUUUUCAUCUCGGAAGUAUAAAAUCUGACUGGGUUUUUUGUUUCAAUUUUUUCAGAUAUUGAAAUUUCUUUUUAUCAAUUUUAAAAGCAUUUCGAUUUUUUUUUUCCAGCAAGAGUUCGUGACGAAGGAAAGCCAGCAAAAGCCUCACAGCCACUUGAAAAGCAUCAACGAGUAUUUCAAGCAUUUGAGCCUCCGUUCCAGUAAAUCAGAUUAUAUGCACGCGUUUGGGGUGACUUUUGGAUUCGAUAAAGAUAUAAAUAAUCGCACUUUAAAGAUCACAAUCGAGGCUGAACCAAUGACGGUGGACGCCAAGUUGAUCCCGGGUCCGAAUGUUCUUUUCAAAUCGUUGGUUUUGAUUUUAAUUUGCUUUUUAGGCUCGGAAAAUCAUGCUGAGUUGAGAGAGUAUAGGAAAUGAAGAGACGGCUAGAGAUUUAUGUUUCUUUCUAUGUCUGUCUGUCUCCAGUUUCAUCGUUGUCUCUAGUCAUUUUUCAAGUUUUCCUACAAGUUUCAGUUGCUUCAAUGUGAAUAUAUUUCACCUCAAAAAAUUUUUUUGAAGAAAAAAGUUGAUGCCGUGUUCAAAGUAAUUUCCGCGAAAUGCAAAAUACACGUUAGAGAAAGGGAAAGAUCAAUAAAUUUUGGAGAGUCAGAGAUCAUUUUGCAUUUCGCGGAAAUUACUUUGAACACGGCAUGAAAUGCUAGAGAUUUUGAGAAACGAAGAGACAUUUAGACAUUUCUAACUCUCUCUGCGUCUCUAGAUGUCUCUAAUUUUUUCCUUAUCUCUAGGCUAUCUUUUUUUUCAAGUUCUAAAGGUUGGAAUGAGGAUGAGAAAAGGAAAAAAGGAGAGGUACCAGACAUUUUCGUUUUCUCUGCGUGUCUGGGUUUCUCCAAUUUUAGCACGCUCUCUAGAUUUUGACUGCUCUGGUUUUACGAUCAAAAAUCUCUUUAAAAAACGGAAUAACAGAAAGAAAGAGAGAGUAUAGGAAAUGAAGAGACGGCCAGACAUUUUUAAUUCUCUCUGCGUGUCUAGCUUUCUCCAAUUUUAGCACGCUCUCUAGAUUUUGAUUGGUUUUACGAUCAAAAAUGUUCUUGAACAAUUGAGAAAGAGAGAGAAUGUACUAAGUGAAGAGAGAACUAGACAUUUCUAGUUUUCUUUGUGCGUCUGGGUGUCUCUUAUUUGAUCUCUAGAAUAUUGGAUUUUUAUAAAGAAGUCUUCUGAUUUAAUUUUUUUGAAUAAUAAAAAAAUCUUUCUUUCAGAUCGACCGUCCCGACAAAAAGACGGAGUUUUCAAAGGUCCCCCGAAACGGGAAUUUUUUUAUCGGGCUGGAAAAAAAUCAGAAAAAUUGGCCGUCUUCUACUUCUUGUCCAGUCUUGAUGGGUUUGUUUUUGAUUUUUUUGAAGAAAAAAAGAAUUUAGUAAUUUUUUUGAAGGGUUUUUUUAAACGCUAAAGGGGCAAAACAUCUAAAAAAAAAAGACGGAAUAAUCGUUGAUAUUUUCUCUGAAUUUUUCCGGCUGGUAGUAUUUUUCUAGUUUUUCAUAGCACAACUUGGUUUUUUCAUGAUUCAAGUUUAGUUUCUGACAUUUUUUUGAUAACUUUCUUUUUUCGAAAAGACAAAAGCUUAUGAUCGCGUGUAGCAGUCGCUAAAAGAUGCAUCCGACUUAAAACGACUUUCAACAUGAAACAUUGAAUAAUGUUAGGACGGAUAAAUAUGUUUUUUUGUCAAACGCAACGCGACCGCGACGCUUAGAGCCAUUCUUCAUGCCUGGCAAACAAAUUUCAUUACUUUACUUUUUCAAGUUAUGUUAUUAAAUCAUCUAGUAGCUUGGUUCAUGUUGUUGCGACUCUAAUGAGAAAGGGAAGAGUUUUUAAUCGUUUGCCCUUUCCAGGAGAUUCUCGAAAAACCUUCUGAACCAAAUCCAAAGCCACGGAAUUACCGUCGAAGACAAGAACGUCAUCCUGAAGAGGGCUCCCAUCAACCAGCCUGAACAUCUGGAAGAGUUGAUCGAAGAGGUUGUUAAACUCGGCGUCAACUUCAUUUUCGCCGUCUCCGAUGGAAAAUGCAAGGGUGUUCACGGUGAGGCUUGGAAUCGGGUGUAGAAAUAACAGGAAAAAUAGCCAUAAAGGAAUGUUAAGUGCGAACGUUUCUGAGCAUUUCUAGUGAUCCCUUUAGCGGUCCUCUGAGCCGAGUUAUUCAAAAAACUGUAGAAUCGUCAACGAGGAUCCAUUUAAUAACAAUUAUAUAGCCUGAGAAGAAAUAGCCGCGAAAUUUGGCUAAAUAUGAUGGCAAGUGCGCUCCAACGAACAAACUUGCUAAUUUGAGUUCUAGAGGGUUUUUUAACUUGGAAAUAUCACAGGAAAGCCUUUUGAGGUACUGAAAGUAUUUUUGAGAAGAAACAGCCGCGAGAAUUAUGCUCUAUCAGUGGAGCGCACAUUCUUUUUUCAUGACCAUUUUAUCAAAAAGAUUUCGAAUUUUUAGAUUAUUUACAGCUUAGUUGAUGACGCGAACGCAGAAUGGUUUGAAUUGGAGAAAAAUGGCGGGAAACAAAAAUUUUGGAAGAACAAAUCAAAAAAAUGGUCAAUUUAAGAGAACUGACCAGCGAAAAACGAGAAGAACACUAUUUUUUAGCCUUCUCCACUUGAAAAUGAAAAAAAAAAUACUUUUAGGAGUCUAAAUAUUUAUUGGAAAAAUACUUUAUCAGUGGGGCGCAAAUGCAUUUUCGGUAAAAACUUUUUUCCAGCGAAUUUUUAGAUGCGUAUUUUUCAUUAUCUGGGCCAUUAGCCAUUCCAAAGGCGGUUUUGAUGAUUUCGUUUCAGAGUACCUGAAGUUCUACGAAGCCAAGUUGGGCAUCCAGACGCAACACGUCUCCGAGAAAAGUUUGAAGGAAAUCGGAAACGAACGGUCGGUGACCUGGAAGAACAUCAUAAGGAAGACGAAUCUCAAAGCGGUCGGCCUCAAUUUCUCGCUCCAAGUCUCGGAUGAGGCUCAUGGGUUGGUAAGGGGAGAAAAAAAAAAUAGAAAAUUGGGUAUAGAAAAAAAAAAUAGAAAAAGACUCAAAUGAGAUAAUUAAGCGCGAUUUCUCAUCAAAAGUUAACUGAUAAUGAUCAUUUUGAAGCAGAUUUUUGAAAAAGAGACCAAGGAGCUACUAAGGGAUGCCAGAGUGUCAAGCUAGAAAAAGCGGCCAGGAAGCUGCUUACGGAUGCCAGAGUUGUCAUUCAAGGGUUUAAGCGAAGAAAAAAAAUCCUGGACGAAAUAGCUCUCUAGAGGGCUAAAGUUCAAGUGGUCCUUGAGGGGAACCGAAAAGAACCCCUAGGGUUGCUCCUCUAGUGACCACUCUGGCGUUUCUAAGUGUUGAAGAUGAAAAUGAGGUCUAACUGAGAUAAUUUGGAGGGUUCCCUAUGGGGGGUUCAUAAGGGCUUAAUGAGGGGCUCUCAAAACAACAAACCCCUAUAGGAACCCCUCAGAGAUUCCUCAAGAGAUUUUUUUCUGAGAACUCCAUAGUAUAAUGGGAGGAUCUUUGAGGAUUCAGAUUUCUAUAAUUAAAAAAAUUUUUUAACUUGGCUCAAAUUCAAUAUUUUCCACGAAAUAAAGAGAUUCACUCAUUGGACAAGGUGCUCCAACUGAUGAGGAUUUUUAGCUUCUUAAACUGAGCCAAAUUGCUAGAUCUGAAGCCAGUCUAGAUUUUUUUCUUCUAAGAACUUCAUAGUAUAACAAGGUCCUUUGAUGGUUGUAAGCCACAAAAAAUUAAUCAAAAAAGCCCGUUUCAGAGUCCCAAAGGACCUGUUCAAAGACACGAUGUUCGUCGGCUUCGAACUGUCCCAUUCGGCCGCCCAGUCUUCCUUCGACCAGCUUUACCGUGUCCCGACUGAAGAGCCGUCCAUCGUUGGGGUCCGUUUCACUUUUUGAGACGUCACUUUAGGGAAAACAAUUACAAAUUCAAGCUGCAAAAGGAGUAAUUAUUUUUCAAUAACAAAAAAGUUGGUUUCAUAUGCUCGAGGAAACUGUGAAAUGAAGUUGUAUUGUUGCGACUGGCUUCCUUCUCUGUGACGUCAUUUUAGAAAAAAAAAUAUGACGUCCUAGAGAAAAUUCGAUUUUUUACUAUUUUUUUGUAACUGGGAUCCAGCUUCUUUUAUUUUUUUCCAAAAAAAUAGUAUUUUUUUCAAAAAUUUUUUUUUCCUUUGAUCAGCUUUUUUUCGUGUGUCCCGACUGAAGAGCCGGUCGUUUUUGGGGACUUUUUUUCAUUUUGUGACGUCAUCUUUCGAAAAAAAUGAUGAUGUCAUGAAAAAAAGACAAAAAAUGAUAUUUUACACGAAAUUUUUUUGGUUUUUUUGAUUUCGGUGAGUUUUGUAAUUUUGUAUACAAAUUUAUAAAUUUUUUUGCAAAAAAUUUUUCGUGACGUCAUCUUCGAAAAAAAUAAGUUAUGGAAGUCAUGGAGGUACACUUACCUGAGCAGAAUAUUUUUAAAAGUCCCUUCCCGAAUUUUUUUUUUUUUUUUGAAUUUCAAGCCGCUCAUAUCUCCUGAAUGUAAAGUAGUUGUAUUCUUGUCAAAAAUACCUUUCUCAGGUUAAAUAAUUAAUUUUUUCUCAGUUUUCAAAAAAAUUUAAAGCGGACUUGUUCUCCUGGAUUAACUGUACUUGCAAAUGCAUCCAAAAAAUUAUAAGAAAUAUAAAAAAAAUUGGUAAGUUUAUAAUGAUGACUCUUCCAGAUGGCGUACAGCCUGAAAGAGCCGACGGAACUCGGCGGAACGUUCUGGGUUCAAAAACCGAGAGACACGCAACUCAACGAAUGUGGCGUCCACAUGGUCAAAGCCGUCAGGGAAUACUUUGAGAAGACGAAAAAGAUGCCCGGAAGAAUGGUCAUCUACCGCUCCGGCAUGGGCGAGGGCGCCUUCGAGACGGUAGUUUUUGAGGAAUUGACAAGAAAUAAAAUAAAAAAUGAGCCAUUUUACUUGCUUUAUUGUUAUUUUGAACUAAACAGUGCUCAGGACUGCUAGACAAAAUGAAAAUUGGGCUGUAUUCUGGAAAAAAAAACCUACCCAAGGGUAUUUCCGAUGUAAAAUUGCAGUACGAUUCUUCUUUUUGGAAAUUGUAGAUUUUUUUCACCUAAUAAAAAAACUGAAAAUUUGUUUGAAAGAAGCAGAAAAAUAACUGGAAAUUUUGAUAAGGAUCAAACAGAAAGAAAAAAAUUCGCAAAAAAUGUUCAAAGUCGAAAAAAAGAAACUGCUUAAAGGUCCUUAAACCCCAUUGAUUAAUUAUUUUCACCGAAAUUCCAAUUCAAUCCCAAAAACAACAUGUAAACUCAAUGCUAAAACGCAGAAUUCCUAAACAGACCGCGAAUGUGGUCAUUAUGCAAUGGUGGCGCGGUUUAUUGCAAUAGGCGCGCGGUUUUGAGAGCCGAUCUUUGUGGAUUUACUGGAUGGGAAAAUGGUUUGGAAUGAGGUUUUUCCGGGCUUUUACGAUGUUUAUAAGAGGUUUUUUUUCUGUAUUUUAAAGUAUGAUGAGUUUAUUGAAAUGGAAAAUUACUGUUUUUAACGCUCAAAUAUUUUACUUGUACACCGAAAUUUUGGAAAAUUGUGAAAUGUUUUUCGAAGUUUUUAUUUUUGAUAUGAUUGAUAUUUUAAAUUCGGGUUUAAUGUAUAAUUUUCAAUGAGAAAAAUAGAUGUGAUUUUUUUCUGACUUUUUUAAAUUAGCUUUCUGGGAAUAUUGUACAUGAAACUCGAUUUUUGAUCCACCCAAACUCAAAAAAAUAUAUAUUUCUGUGAUUCAGGUCGAGAAGGAAAUCCUCGAAAUCAAAAAGAACCUGGAAGAAUCCGACGAUUUGAAGAAAAUGAACCGAGGACAGCCUUUCCGACCGCCGUUGGUUGUGAUCGUCGUCCAGAAGACGAAUCCCUACAGGUUCGAUGAAUUUAUUGUUAGAAAUUUUUGAAAAAAGAGUGAAAAAAAUGGCCGUUACAGUUACGUUUUACGCGCUCUAACGAGAACCUGAGGUGCAAAUUUAAGAGAUCGAAAAUUGAAAAUUAUUUUUUCGAAUACAAUAAUCAUCAUCCACUAAUCCCACCUCUUUAUUGAGUGGCCACUUCAGUAGUUUUUCAUCCAGUAUUCCUUCCAGUAACUCUGAUAAUUACAAAACAAACAGAGUGAAUCAGUUAUGUUGAUCCAUUGACCCCUAAAGUGGACACUAAUUUUUAACCCCUUAAGUGCCCACUAAUACGUCAAAACCCUAUAGGGGCCACUAAUAAUGUUCCCAGUAUGAAAAUUCUCUUCCGAAUGGGGAGUUUCACUCAUAAAGAUUUUGAUUUUCAUUCUAUUUUUUUUUUUUUUGAAUUAACUCAUGGAACUAAAAAAUAUUUUUCUGAAUACGAUGACCUUUAAGAAACCAUAACCCUUUUCCAGAAUCUUUCUGAAGAACGGCGACCAAGUGGAAAACGUCCGGUCGGGAACUUGUACCGACGCGAUUGUUCCCGUCACGAAAUAUGAGGAAUUCAUCAUGGCUUCUCAGAAACCCGUCAUUGUGAGUUUCUUUUUCUACUAAAAAUACAUUUUUCAGAAAUUUUAUUGAUUUAUUUGUAGUUAGUGAACUUUUCCUGUUUCUCUCAUAAGCCGCCUUGCAUACUUUAGAUUAUAUUUAGACUUGGGAAAGCCCCGACUUUUUUUUUUGAUGAAAAGCAGAUUACGGUAAGCAACUUUGUGUGGUGCACCGAUUUUCUUGAAUUUGAUCUUUUUAGUGAAAUUCAUAUAAAAGAUUCGAUAAAAAGAAUAGUAACAGAAAACGAGUUUUUCAAUCUAAAAUUUUAAAUUAAUUAACUUUUUUUAUGAUUAGGGCUGAUUUACGACUGGAUUCGAGAAAUGGGUCCUGACACGAUUUAAAAAAAUAGACAGCGCCUGAUUGGUGGAGAGCGCAGACAGGCCACGCCCCUAAGCUAGUCUUGAAUCAGUUUCUUUUUUUUUAUAUAGAAAAGUGAAGAUUUUUUUUGCCGCUGCUUGAAACUUUCUGCCUGUCUGCGUCUUUCUGCCUGUCUGCGCCGUCCCCCCUUACGAACUCCGUCUCAAACUCAAAUGCAUAUUCCAGGGAACCUCUCGGCCGAUCCGCCACACGAUCAUCCUGAACGAAUCGGGCUCGUCGAAGAACGAAAUCGUCCACAUGACGUACAUCUUGGCGUUCGGCCAUCAAGUCAGCUACAUGGGCGCGCCGAAAGUCACCGGCGUCAUGUUUGCCGCCGAAAAUACGGCCAAAAGAGGCCGCGCCAACACGAUGGCCUUCAAGUGGGAACUUCUUUUUUCUUCAGAGAAUCUUGGUCUUCAGAAGGCUCUUAGAAGUUUGAAAAGUUUCUUAGAGAAGCAGAUCGUCGUUUUAAAAAGCUUUUCAAGUUUGCUCCGUUUUGAAAUGGCAAAAAAACGUCUCGGACCUCGGUUACUGAAACCGAACGCGCCCCGGACGCUUCUGAGAAGUCCUAGGGGUCCCUUAAGAGUGCGCACGACUCUAGAGUGGCCCAUAGAAAUGCUCAGAAACUUCUCUAGAGCGUCUGGUUCGUGUAACCAAGGUCCCAGUUCUUGGGUAACGCGAAACGGAAAUGCUUCGGACGUUUCUGGGAAGUCCUAGGGGUCUCUUAAGAGUGCGGGCGACCCUAGAGUGGUCCCUAGAAAUGCUCAAAAACUUCUCUGUGUAACCGAGGUACCACUACUUGAGUAACGCGAAACGGAAACGCUUCUGACGUGUCUGAGAAGUCUUAGGGGUCUCUUAAGAGUGCGGGCGACCCUAGAGUGUUCCCUAGAAAUGCUCAAAAACUUCUCUGUGUAACCGAGGUACCACUACUUGAGUAACGCGAAACGGAAACGCUUCUGACGUGUCUGAGAAGUCUUAGGGGCCUCUUAAGAGUGCGGGCGACCCUAGAGUGGUCCCUAGAAAUGCUCAAAAACUUCUCUAGAGUGUCCGGUUCGCGCAACCGACGUCACAGAGCUCAAACAUUGGUAACGCGAAACGGAAAUGCUCCGGACGUUUCUGGACAUUUCAAGGGAUCACUUAAGAGCACGGACGACCCUAGAAAGGCCCCCUCAGAAACUACCCUAGCUCGUCCGGUUUGCACUACCAAAGUCCAAGUAACCAGGUUGUUACAACUUUUUUUUUUCGGUGGAGCGAACUUUCUGUAAACAAUUUUUUUUUGAAUUUUGCAAAUCUCAAGCUUUUUUCAGUUGGAGGUAGACAUUUAUAGGCUUUUAGAGGUCCUUGGACUAUACAUAAAAUUCAAGUUUUGAAAAAGAGGAGGAUGGCCAAUUUUUACGAGAUCUUAUAAUAAUAAUAACAGGUUUAUUCAAUUUCUCCCCAUACGAAAGACAAUAGGCUUAUUCACAGCAAUCGAAAAAAUCCUUUUGAUUAAGAAAAAACAUCUGGGAAUCUUCCAGAAUGGUCAACAUGAGCGACGAGAGCGAGGCGGACAGGCGCGCCCGCCAGGCGGAGGCCAUCGAGAGCGCCCGGAGCGGCGUCGCCUACGAGGACCGCGCCCUGAACGCUCGGAUCCGAGUGCUGGCCGACGGCGUCGCCGGCCUCAUCAGACGCUUCCAUCACAUGUUCUGGGCCUAG